AUGACCGGUUUUUCUCGAUGCUUAAUCUCCACUCAUCAAAUCUCCCGUGCUCUUCCUCGUCUAUACCAGACAGGCUGUCACCGACCGGAUGCAGCUUCUUCUCCUUGUGACAUAUACACGCCACCACACGGUGCGUGGAUCUCUACCAUGCAAUACUCCGAUCCAAUCUUUCGGUAUUUGCUCGUCACAGCUGCUCUGAUGCACUCGUCCUCGCACCCAGACCUCAGAACUACUUUCAGCCGUUGGCGAACGCAGCCCCCCUCGUCGAGGAUUCGAGCCUCAAGACAAGGUGAGCUAUUCCCACGACAGCGAAGCGCCACUUCAUCACCGGUCUAA